GGGAAGGGAGAGCGGGCGCACCGCGGGGCCGGAAGCGGUACCGGUAGCCGUAGCGGCUCAGCGGCUCUGUGCAACCUCCCCGCGCGACUGGGGCGCCGGCGGCCGGCUUCAAAAUGGGGAACACAAGCAGCGAGCGAGCUGGAAUGGAGCGCCAGGGCGGGCACAAGGCAUCCCGAGGAGAUGCGUCAGGGGGAGCCAUUAGUACAAAAGAAGGUGACAGACCAAAAAUCUUGAUGGACAGUCCUGAGGAUGCAGACCUGUUCCAUUCAGAAGAGAUGAAGGCUCCACUGGAGAAAGAGGAAUUCCUCGCCUGGCGACAAGACCUGGAAGUGAAUGAAAAAGCCCCUACCCAAGCUCGGCCAACAGUCUUUCGAUGGACUGGGGGAGGAAAAGAGGUUUGUUUAUCAGGCUCUUUCAACAACUGGAGCAAAAUCCCUCUUACACGAAGCCACAAUAACUUUGUAGCAAUCCUGGACCUGCCUGAAGGAGAGCACCAGUAUAAGUUCUAUGUGGAUGGUCAGUGGACUCACGAUCCCUCAGAGCCAGUAGUCACCAGCCAGCUUGGUACUGUUAACAACAUCAUUCAGGUGAAGAAAACCGAUUUUGAAGUAUUUGAUGCUUUGAUGGUGGACUCCCAAAAGAGUUCGGAUGUUUCUGAGCUGUCAAGUUCACCCCCUGGGCCCUACCACCAGGAUCCCUACAUUUGUAAGCCAGAGGAACGCUUCAAAUCUCCACCUAUUCUUCCACCACACCUGUUGCAGGUCAUCCUGAAUAAGGACACUGGUAUAUCUUGUGAUCCAGCUUUACUUCCUGAGCCCAAUCACGUUAUGCUGAACCACCUCUAUGCACUUUCUAUCAAGGAUGGCGUGAUGGUGCUUAGUGCUACCCACCGUUACAAGAAAAAAUACGUCACUACAUUGCUGUACAAGCCCAUAUGAAUAACCCUGCAGCUAGUGGACAGGUGUGCUGGGCCAAUGAAGUGCCAGAAGGAACAAAUUCUUCUCCAAUACAAACAUAUGCAUGUGCUGUGCUAUAGCAAACAAAUUUUCAUACAAUUUUAAAGAUUUCACACUUCUUUUAUAUUUGCCUUGUUUUCCCAGUCCCACCUGGAAGCUUUCAGUCAAGGCAGCUCAGCUGGGACCACACUACUGGCCAGUGGCACUGCCAUGUUGUCAGCUUGGAAUAAAUUGACUUGGGAUUUACCAGUGAAAUUGUGAGGGAACAUAUGGGAAUAGCAACAACUUGAGUGUCCCUCAAGAGUAAUGUGGGCCAUAGAAAAUACAUAUUCUAGGAAGCACAGGAUUCUUGCUGAUCCUAAGCUGAAUUUUUCAUUCAGCCAAGAAAAGCCAAAUGAUGGCUAGGAUCCGAGCUCCAGAGUGUCCCUCUCUGCUAGCUUGGACAAGUAUGAAAAAUGGUGUUCUUUCUGUUAAACCACUCCAAGCAAAGCGGGGUGCAACCAUCGCACACUGUUUUUCAGCAGGCUGGGUUCAAUAAGCUUCCUCAUGCAAAGAACACCGUAGUAUUGUUUCUCUUAGGAGAACUGAGAAUUAAUUUUCCCCAGUGGAAUUUCUGAUAAAGACAGUUUUUUUUAAUUGCUGGGUUUUGUGUGGACCAUAUAACGCGUCCUGCAAUAAUCUGUUCUUGUAACAGAUAUCUAAUUCUGUUGCUGAUGAGGACUUCCCUGCAACUGGGUUAGGUUGCUGACUCACUUGAUUUUAGUUUAAGGAUUAAUACUUUAGGGACCUACCAAAAUAAAGGUGGCAGAUGGGUAAUUGCGCUGGCCGCCAUUAUUGUGGGCUUAUCACAGCAAGCCCCCUCUGCCUCUGAUGGUCUAAGGGGCUGCAGUGGCCCUGCCCCUGGACACUGAUAGGCUGAUAGGGCUGCCUUUUUUACGGCCCUGCCCCUUCCACUGAUUGACGGAGUGGGCUGGUUUUCAUGUGGCCUCACCCUCACCACUGUUUGGCAGAAAGGUAUGGGGCUGCAUGAAAGGCAGCCCUCUUGGCUAAUCAGCAGUGGAGGGAGGACAGGGUGGCUGCCAUCUUGGCUGCUCCCCUUUGUGCCAGUAGUUUCUCCACCCACUUUCCCCACUGUGGAGCCAGCUUCUUAUUUUUAAAAAGUCCUUAUUUUUCCUACAAUUCCAUGGAAAAUCAUGGAAACUGCCAUUUUUUGCAGUUUCUAUGAAAAUCAUUAAAUUGCAAUUUGAGUAGGUCCUGACUAGAUCUUCAGCAGCAGCUCUUAUCACACUGGUUUUUAGGCGAGUUCAAGUUAUUGUAAAAACUAUAGUAAAUAGCACUGGGGGCCAAACUGAUGUAAGCAGCAGCAGUUCCCUAAGCACCAGUGGCACUGCACCAACUUGCAUCAAAAGCUCAGUUGGCCCCAACUCCUUACUUGUAGUUGACUCUGCCAAUAUAAGUCCAUGUGGCUUGUGUAGCCAGGGCUACAACAUCUAUAUGACUCCUUGCUUUAUUUAUAUAUAUUUUUACAUGAACACUGUUCUCACCAAAGGUGCUAGGUUGCCUCUAUUAGAGAUUAUCUAGUUGAUCCCAAAACAAAUGCAGCAUGGACAAUGCAAAAUUGCCUGCCAUUGUGCCUCAGGCCUGACCUGAAGGGACCAGUGCAGGGGGCUAGUUCAUUCUCCCUGCUGUCCAUUUCUUGGUGCUUGUGAGUGCCAGUGAGUGUGCCAAUUGAGACAUCAGCCCAUGUCCUACUACAGAGGAAUGCACACUGUAAAUAUCACCAGGUAGCUGAUCAGGUGGUGACUUAAGUCACAAGCAACCAUGAUUUGAAUGUGAACAAGUUACUGACGGAAGGCUUCUUACCAAUCGUCUGAACCAUUCAGUUGCCUUGUUGAAAUAUUUUGAGUAGCCCAGUAGAUCUGGGUUCACUUCUAUGGUUUUCGUUUUAAAACAGUCUUUCUCCAUUGUCUACUGUGGAUAGCACUUGACAUUCUGAAAUUCCUUUCACUUUGUUUUACCCUCUUCAGAAAUGAGUUAGAAAUAAAAGCAUUUUCAGGAAAAGUA